AUGGAGUCUCAGAUUAAGCAUGCUGUUGUUGUGAAGUGCAUGGGCCGCACAGGAUCAAGGGGGCAGGUGACCCAGGUCAGAGUUAAGUUCUUGGAUGACCAAAACCGUUUCAUCAUGAGGAACGUCAAGGGACCCGUCAGAGAGGGAGACAUUCUCACCCUCCUCGAGUCUGAGAGAGAAGCAAGAAGACUUCGUUGAAGUACUCACUCUCUUUUCUGCGGCUAUAUUUCAGUUUUGGCUUCUAAGGUCUUGGCCUUAAUUAGGUUUACUAUGUGAGAUUUUGUUUUAUGUUUAAUUGAAUCGAAAGACAGUAUUUUUGGAUUGUUCAUAUUAGUAGUAUGAAGUUUGGGCUACGACUUAGUUAUUUUUUGCAUGAAAACAUACGCAGGCAGUAAACAUUUAUCCUAAAACAGAAUGAUGUUUGUGUGGAAUGACUAGUUUGAUUUCGUUCGUGGUUGAUAUUA